AAAGCAGAAAGAGAAGAUGCAUCUUGUUGAAGAUCUUACAUUUUGCCAUUUCUUCUGUCCCACUGCCAUGUUGGCAGCUGCUACUUUCUUUCUCAUUCUCUACAUCAUCUCCAGAUUCAUCUUGGAGAAAAUGGGAAAGGAACCUCCAGGACCAAGACAUCUGCCUCUGAUUGGAAACCUGUUGCAGCUCGAUCUGAAGAGGCCCCAUAACACCCUGUUUGAGUUGUCCAAGAAAUAUGGUUCUGUAUUCACUGUUUACUUUGGACCCACUAAAGUGGUGGUUCUGGCUGGAUACAAGACAGUCAAGGAGGCUCUGGUCAAUUAUUCAGAGGAGUUUGGAGAUCGAAGUGUCACCCCCAUUUUUGAAGAUAUAACUCAGGGUCAUGGCAUUUUGUUUGCAAAUGGAGAUUCAUGGAAAGAAAUGAGGCGUUUUGCAAUUUCUACCCUGAAAGACUUUGGAAUGGGCAAAAGAGUAAUUGAGGACAAAGUCAUUGAGGAAUGCCACCAUCUGAUCCAAGCGAUUGAAAGUCAUAAAGGGAAACCAUUUGUUACAGUUGAUCUGUUGACUUAUGCUGCAUCCAGCAUUAUCAGUUCUCUGUUGUACGGCAGCAGAUUUGAAUACGAUGACUCCCAAUUCUUAGACAUGUUGAGGACUACCAAUGAAAACAACCGCCUCCUUGGUUCUGUGGGAAUCCAGUUUUAUAACACGUUUCCUUGGCUGCACCAUUUCAUCGCCAACCGGAAGCUGAUUUUAAAGUAUACUGAGGGGAACAUCAGACGGUUCAAAGAGUUGCUCAACAAUCUUAAAGAGACGCUGAACUCUCACAUGUGCAGGGGGUUGGUGGACUGUUUCCUCAACCGUAAGAAGAAAGAUGAGGAUUCUGGUGUUGAAGAUUCUCAUUUCCAUGAGAGUAACUUGAUUUUCACUGUGGCUAAUCUAUUUGCUGCCGGAACUGACACGACAGCAACAACACUAAAUUGGGCUUUGCUGUUGAUGGCCAAAUAUCCACAAAUACAGGAUCGUGUCCAGGCGGAGCUUUGGAAAGUUAUUGGAAAUCGUCAAAUCAGAAUGGAUGACAGAAGAAACCUGCCAUAUACUGAUGCGGUUAUUCAUGAGACCCAGAGGUUUGCCAGUAUUCUACCAAUGUCACUCCCUCAUAAAACCUCAAAGGAUGUGACCUUCCAGGGGCAUUUUCUUAAAAAGGGGACAAUAGUUUAUCCUUUACUGAUGUCUGUCCUACAUGAUGAGAGUGAAUGGGAGAGCCCGCACACUUUCAACCCCUCCCACUUUCUGGACAAAGAGGGUCAAUUUGUUAAACGAGAGGCUUUUUUGCCAUUUUCUGCAGGUCGAAGACUUUGUCUUGGGGAAGGCUUGGCAAGGAUGCAGCUGUUGCUCUUCUUCUCCUCCCUCCUCCAGAGGUUCAGAUUCACUCCUCCACCUGGAGUUGGGGAGGAUGACCUUGAUUUGACUCCAGGUUUCAGUUUUAUUAGUGGGCCUUUGCCACAUGAACUAUGUGCAUCAACCACUCUUGACCCCCCAGUGGAAAGUAUUAAGUCUGCUUAA